AUGUAAAAUGAGAUACAGCUUAUCAAAGAUAUAGUCAAUGAAAGUGAUUCAGUUGAUUAACUGGCAAUUCAAUCAUAAACAAGCUAAGAUUAAGCAUAGCUAAUAAAACUUGAUUAAUAAUUGCAAAAUCUCUUAAAUACAAAGACUAAUUAAGAAUUCUUCCCAGCAUUAUCUGAGAUGCAAAUGUUAGGUGGCUCAUAUAGUAAAUUAUCGUUUAAACGGAAAAUUUUAAAAUCAAGCAUUUUAAAUGAACUUCAAAACAGCUCUGAUUAGAUCCUAGUUUUUAACAUAAUCUACAAUUUACUAAAUCCUGAUGAAAUUUACUCAACUAAUAGGGUAUAUAUUCACAUGAUAGAGGCUGAAAGAGAUCAAAGUAAAAUUGAUAGUCAAGAAACUGAUGUACUUAUAUACUUGAUUUUUAAGAAGGAGUCUAAAAAUUGCCCAACGCUUAAUUAGUCGUAAAAAAUUAAGCAUCAAUUAUUUGUAACUUAAAAAGAAAUAGAAUCAAGAUACACUUAUAGCAAACAGAAAAUAGAAGAAGCUAAAUUACUUCAAAACUUGACAGGUGCAGUAGGUGAGAUUUUCAAAAGAAGGUUAGAAUUUAAACUUGCUGAAAGCUAGAUUCAAUCAGAGAUUAAUCAAGUUGAUUUUUAGCUAAGCGAGGUUAUUACUAAAGAGUAAGUAUUAGUAAGGCAGUGUCUUGAGAAUUAUGAGGAGUAUUUGAAAGUAGUAGGAGAGCAAGAGUAUUUUAGCAAUAACAUGUCAAACCUAGAUAUAUCGUAGCUUGAUGAAAGUAAUCCUGUUUAUGAGUUUUAGAAAGAUCGCAAUAUAAUUAAACUCGAUGCAGCUCUCAAAAAUCUGAUUAAUUUCUUAAGAUCUUCGCCCCCAAAGCUUUUGGAUGAUUAGACUAGGACAAGUUUAUAUUACCUUGAGGACAGAAGAAUGAUUAAAUUUGCUAAUAAGCUAUCUGUGUAAUCAUAACAGGAAAGAAGCUUUUGA